AUGGCAACCUACAGUGUAGUCCAAACUCUCAAAAAUGGAAAGAUAGUGGCGCUAGAAGGAAAUAGUGAUCUAAUAGCCACCCAACUUCGUCUACUACCGCCUUCGCCCAACAUUCUAACACUUCAGGCCUUUCAGGACUGUAUUAACAAGGGAAAUAGAUGCGCUAAAAUUGAGCCACGUAUUUUUGUAAGGGACGUUUACACGGUUUUGGAGGAACGACUGGAUGCUGCAAGAACCUUUCUCGACGACAAGGGAGAUGGCAAUGCAAAGAUCGUGUUCAUGAACGGUGGAAGCGUCAGAGCUCGAUCAAUUUGUAUCGAGGAAAUCUGCCAAAAUGUAACAAAUGGCCAGAUUGGAGUAGCCGAAGCACUCUUCAACGAGAUAGUCAGUAAUCACGUUGCCGGACUAGUUCAAGACGAAAAUAGUCAACAAGAAAACUAUUCAAAGACGAACGAAAUUAAUAAUCAUGAAGCUAAUAGAUUGUCGCAAGGAAAAUGGCUGUUCAAUCUCAAUUCCGAACAAAAAUACGGUCACCUCGAACAAGCUUUGGAAUGCAAGUCAUCGCCAUAUUCCGGAACUGGAUCACUACCAGUUCGACAACUCUUACAGAAUUCAUCAGAGCUAAUAGAUAGUGACAGACGCCGUGCAGCAUCUGUUGAUUCUCCGUUGGUCACAGCAACGAACUUCAAACCCUCAUUACCGAAAGCUAUCUCACCGCUAAAAUCGCAACAAGAUCUGCCUUUUCGCAAUCCACACAUUUCAUCCUCAUCUGUCACGGAGAUCAAUGCCAGAUCUACAAGCCCAACAGGAGGACAAACACGUGUACUCGUCCGACCUAAAUCUGCUACUCUUCAGCCGUCAUCUCCCGCUUCUAGAUGUCUUGUUUUUUCCAAAUCAGAGCAGAAUUUGGGCAAAAAAUUUCAUUUACCAAGUGGGGCUCAGACUUCUAUCUCUCAAAAUGCUCAUUCAAGCCUUCCAACAUUCCUAAAAGCAUAUCAAAAUACAAUUGUAGGGAGUCCAACGUCUAACCCUGAUACAAACACUUGCAACCAAAGCAAAUAUGUUGAUAAAGGCAGUGAUGCCGAAUUAUUACCGAGAAAUCGACAAAAUUUUAAGCCUCACCCAUACCAGUCCGUAUUUGAAUUACCCGAAGAUUUCAUCAUUCACAUUACGGGAGGAAUUACAGAACUCGUUUUUGAAUCAGUUCUGCGCUCUUAUCAAGACGGGAAGGUUCCGAGUCUGUUCGCUUCAUCUACAAAUAUAAGUUCUCCAAAUUCUUUUGGAAGCGCAUUUAAUUCACAAUCUCCGGAGCGAGAGAAGGAAAACGAGUACAAUAUGAAGAAUUAUUCUAUUCCCGUCAUGACUCGUUCGUCUAUACCUCAUGGAAAAUAUGAUCCUCCAACACCUUCUCAUACUCCGCCCCCGAACAGUUCGCAUAAUAGUGCAACAGGUUGUAAGAUAUUAACGUUAUGUCCUAUGACACCAUCUAGCGUUGUGUCAGUCCAAAAUUCACUGCGUAAACUUCUGAGCAGACAUUUACCAGCAGGUAGACAAGCCUUCAAACAAAAUCGCUUCUCAACUUCGUCAGAAGCAGAGAGGCUCUGGAAACCUGUAUUUGGAAAUAGUCAAUUUUGUGAAGAUGGAUCAGAGGCUACAACAGUCGACCAGAUUAUUGCCCUAGGAAGUGAAGAUAGAGUUAGUGAAGGUUUCACGCAGCGUAUUUUGGGCUUGCUUGCGAAACUAGGCGCUAAGAAGAGUGGUGUGACAAGAAGCAGUAUUCUUGAUAUAAGAUACUUGGCAACAAAUGCCCUGGAGAGCUCCAGCUCCGCACGAGCUCGAUUAGAUAGUUACGAUCCAUUUACAGAUCCCUCGGAAUUUGCGACAAUGCUUGUACCACAACUGGAAACAUAUAUGGCAACUAAUCCAUCAACCCGACUGCUUAUUCUUCAUUAUCCUCCAUCGUAUCUUCCGAUAGUCCUUGCCCUACGCGGACUACUCGGUGGUGCGUUGUUUCAAGUAUCAGGUAUCAUAAACGCUCUUGCAUCUGAUUCGCCCCCUAGCCCUACCGUAUUGCCACCAUUUGCGCCAAACCCUUUAUCAAACGAUGCAGUGGCACUCCGAAAUCGAAGUCGUCCUCAAUCUUCCCGAGUCAAUGCCCCCUCUGGUCAACUCGUUUCAUCAACUCCAUGUUCGCCAUUGUCAAUUGGCCAACUCAGUAUUCCUGCUGCGGCUUUUUCCAGAGCUGAUUAUGUGCUUCCAAGUACAGCUACAUCAAUGGAAAUCAAUAGCUACAUCAUCGAUAUUCGCAAAUUACUCAUCGAGAAAUCAGAAUAUUACGUGGCGGAGCCGGAGCCGGAGCCCUUGUCAAUCAUCCAAACUAUCGAAAAAGACAUACUAACUCCCUCCCCCAGUAUUUCCACAGCUACACCUAGGCCUUCUACUCGGGAAAAGCCACUAUCUCAGGAUGGAUACUCCCACUCCAAAAACAGAAGGUACAGCAAAGUUUCUCGACUAACAGGUAGUACCAAUUUAACAAACCCACUUUCUGAGUUCAAAGCUAAGCAUAGCUAUACACCAUCAGUCGCCUCCUCCCGGCGCACGUUUGCCUCUAGCAUAAGUGCCGAUGUAGAUGGCUGGGAAAACUUCGAUAUCGACGAGGCCGACAGCGACUUCGAUGAAUACGAUCGAAUGAUUAUGGGAAGUCGAAUGAUCGCGUUGGUCGUCGGAAGACAUAUGCUCGGAUCUUCAUAUAAUCCUUACACGGCCCCAGAAAGGCGUGCAGCCAGUAAGCGAAAAGCACUCAAAUGGUUAGGCUUGGCAUAG